UCGGCCGCCCGCGGGCGCCGGCGCGGGUCGGGAGCGGAGCCGCCGCAGUCUCAAACCAUGAAUUAUGUGGGACAGCUGGCUGGGCAGGUGAUUGUCACCGUGAAGGAACUCUACAAGGGCAUUAACCAAGCCACUCUGUCUGGGUGCAUCGAUGUCAUUGUGGUACAGCAGCAGGAUGGCACCUAUCAGUGUUCGCCUUUUCAUGUUCGGUUUGGGAAGCUGGGAGUCCUGAGAUCGAAAGAGAAGGUGAUCGACAUAGAAAUCAAUGGCAAUGCAGUGGAUCUUCACAUGAAAUUGGGUGACAAUGGAGAAGCUUUCUUUGUGGAGGAGACUGAAGAGGAAUAUGAAAAGCUUCCUGCUUACCUUGCGACCUCACCAAUUCCUACUGAAGAUCAGUUCUUUAAAGAUAUUGAGACCCCUUUGGUGAAACCAAGUGUAGAUGAAAGACCAUCCCAGAGUUCAGACAUCUCACACAUCUUGGAAACGGAGACAGUUUUCACUCCAAGUUCUGUCAAAAAGAAAAAACGAAGGAGAAAGAAAUACAAACAGGACAGUAAGAAGGAAGAGCAGGCUGCUUCUCCUGCUACAGAAGACACAUGUGACAUGGGUGUGAGCUCUGAAGAUGAGAAGGGAGCCCAGUCUGCAAGAGGAUCUUCCAGUGCUUCCUUAAAGGAAGAAGAAUAUAAAGAGCCUUUGCUGUUUCAUUCUGGGGAUCACUACCCCUUGUCUGAUGGAGAUUGGUCCCCUUUAGACACCACUUACUCCCAGGCAGUGUGUCCUAAGAGCGAUUCAGAGCUGGAGGUGAAACCCACCGAGAGCCUGCUCAGAUCAGAGUCUCACAUGGAGUGGACAUGGGGCGGGUUCCCAGAGUCCACCAAGGUCAGCAAAAGAGAGAGAUCUGACCAUCAUCCUAGGACAGCUGUGAUUACACCAUCAGAAAAUACCCAUUUUCGGGUAAUUCCCAGUGAGGACAACCUCAUAAGUGAAGUUGAGAAGGCUGCUUCUGUCGAAGACACUGUCUGUACCAUAGUGAAACCCAAACCCAGAGCCCUGUGCAAGCAGAUGAGCAGCGCAACUUCUGCUACAGAACUUCUCGAACCUCCUCUUGAGAAGCCUCCAGUUUCAUAUAUGUUAGAUGCAGACCACCUUCCCAGCCCAUGCUUAGCUGAGGCGCCCCCAGCAUCCAAACCAGCUGCCAAAGUAGACUCACCGUCAAAGAAAAAAGGUGUCCACAAGAGAAGCCAGCACCAGGGACCUGAUGAUAUUUAUCUCGAUGACUUAAAGGCUCUGGAACCUGAAGUUGCAGCUCUCUAUUUCCCUAAAAGUGAAUCAGACCCUGGCUCCCGGCAGUGGCCCGAGUCUGACACACUCUCUGGCUCUCAGUCCCCGCAGUCCGUGGGAAGCGCAGCCGCUGAUAGUGGCACCGAGUGCCUCUCGGAUUCUGCCAUGGACCUGCCUGAUGUCACCCUCUCUCUUUGUGGGGGCCUCAGUGAGAACGGAGAAAUUUCUAAAGAAAAAUUCAUGGAGCAUAUCAUCACUUACCAUGAAUUUGCAGAAAACCCUGGACUUAUAGACAAUCCUAACCUUGUAAUACGGAUAUAUAACCGUUACUAUAACUGGGCUUUGGCUGCUCCCAUGAUCCUUAGCUUGCAAGUGUUCCAGAAGAGUUUGCCUAAGGCCACAGUCGAAUCCUGGGUCAAAGAUAAGAUGCCAAAGAAAUCUGGUCGCUGGUGGUUUUGGCGUAAGAAAGAAAGCAUGACCAAACAGCUGCCAGAGGCCAAGGAAGGAAAAUCUGAGGUUCCACCAAGCAGUGACCUGCCGUUGAGCACAAAGGAGCCAGCUGGUGCCAGGCCAGCCGAGGAAGACUCAUCGAGUGACGAGGGGUCACAGGAGCUCGAAGGCUCCAUCAAAGCAGACCCCAUCCCCACGGAGCCCCUGAGCCAUGGCAGCACGACCUCGUAUAAAAAGUCGCUCCGACUCUCCUCAGACCAGAUUGCAAAACUGCAGCUCCAUGACGGCCCAAAUGAUGUCGUAUUUAGUAUUACCACCCAGUAUCAGGGUACCUGCCGCUGUGCAGGGACCAUUUACCUGUGGAACUGGAAUGACAAGAUCGUCAUUUCCGAUAUCGAUGGGACAAUAACCAAGUCUGAUGCUUUGGGACAGAUUCUCCCACAGCUGGGUAAAGACUGGACCCAUCAGGGUAUAGCAAAGCUCUACCAUUCCAUCAACGAGAAUGGCUACAAGUUUCUGUACUGCUCAGCCCGAGCCAUCGGCAUGGCUGACAUGACCCGCGGCUACCUGCACUGGGUCAACGACAAGGGCACGAUCCUACCCCGGGGCCCUCUGAUGCUAUCCCCUAGCAGCCUGUUCUCCGCCUUCCACAGGGAAGUGAUAGAAAAGAAACCGGAGAAGUUCAAGAUUGAGUGUCUGAAUGACAUCAGGAACCUGUUUGCCCCGUCCAGGCGGCCCUUCUAUGCUGCCUUUGGAAACCGUCCAAAUGAUGUCUAUGCUUACACACAAGUUGGAGUUCCAGACUGCAGAAUAUUCACCGUGAACCCCAAGGGUGAAUUAAUACAAGAAAGGACCAAAGGAAACAAGUCAUCGUAUCACAGGCUGAGCGAGCUCGUGGAGCACGUGUUUCCACUUCUCAAUAAGGAACAGAAUUCCGCCUUUCCCUGCCCAGAGUUCAGCUCCUUCUGCUACUGGCGAGACCCGAUCCCUGAAGUGAACCUGGACGACCUGGCCUGAGGUGGCACCUCUGGUGGGGGCCUCCUCCGGUGGGGGCCUCAGUCACUCACCUAUAGGCAAGAGAAUGCCCCGGUGGGGGCCUCAGUCACUCACCUAUAGGCAAGAGAAUGCCCUUCUAUGGACCAAAGACGGGGCUGAUUGCCGGGCACCAGCUCUCCAAGCAGGGACGGGGGCUCCUGGAGCUGGCAGCGCCGUCCUCCUUUGCCUUCCCAGACCAGCCGCUCAGGCUUGGUGGGUCUGCAGCGCAGCGCCCAGGAGGAGGGGGAGGAAGGAACUCAACCUGGGGCUAGAGGCCUGUGUUCUGUCUCACAUGGGCCCUCCCACGUGCUUCCUGUCUAGUUGUGCACCGGGUGCUCCUCUGAGUGCAUAAUUUAAAGGAAGAAAAAAGAAGGUAAAAUAGAGUGGACCAAAACGCUAUACAAAGUAAAGUGUUAUAAUUUCCACUGAGCAGUUGAGAUGGUCUCUCUCUGUAACCAGUGUUUCUUCAGAGGAUCAGGGUCCACUGAGCUGCUAAGGGCCGGGUGGGGGUGUUGGCUGAACCACCUGUGCAUGUGUCUCCUUUGGGCACCUCCUUUCCUGCCUCACUGAAUAAGACGGCUGCUCCAGUGGGCCAAGUUGGGCGGGACCCCAGGGCCCACACAUCAGAGCCACAGAUGUGGCUUCCCUUAGAUCAUUGUUUUCUGAUCUGUGACUGCUCCACAAUGACAGACCUUUAAGUUAUUUCUUAGAUCUAGCCGGAAGAGCAGAUUUUUUAGGUAUAUAUCUGAUGUCUGUGAUAAAAGUACUAAUAAUGGGAAGCUGGGUUUUGAAAGAAACGAGCCCAACAGCUGUUGUCAGGGAGGCCUCAGAAAUGCAAAAAUCCAGUUGAGUUUGGUCCUGGGAACAAAGGCUUAGGUGGGCCUUUGAGUGUCUUGCUUUAGGACAGGAUUUCUUAAAUUCUGUGCUUCAGAUUUGUCAGGGGAGCACAGUGAAGCUUGCUUGAAGGCUACGGGCCAGCAACAUGUACUGUGGCAUUUGGAAUCACAGCCGUGUAAUAAAGCCGUGGAAGCCUUAUGAGAAAGUGGUCCUGGAGCCCCUGUUGAGCAGACUUCCUCUUAGUGUCCCCAGGACACCACUCUGAGUUCUCCAUCAGCUGGGGUACUUAUGCGGUCAGCAGUGCAGAGGCUGCCUUGUGAGAUCCCAUGGGGAUGCGGGAGGUCCAAUGUAUUUUUACUGAAAUACACAUGGCGGCUCCGUUAACUGACUGACCUGGUUGUCAUGAGCUUACAUCUGGACAGACGGCAGCUAGGAAGGGUUGUGUGCUGUCAGCUUCUCCAGAUCUUGUGAUCAGCUGGUGACACAAGUCACUGCAUAUUAACAUCGAGGACUGUUAGGAGACUUUUCAGGGGACCAGGAGCAAGCUCCCGUUAUCGUCCUCCACUGGUGGGGACAUAGGAGGAGAUGUUCCCGAGCAGGCAAGGAACUGCAGAUACAGACGUGACACCGUUGGGCUGGUUUCAUUUCCAACUCUGUGUGCCCCUGCAGUCAUAAUGGAGACCUCUUCUUUAGUUUUGCUUCACCCAAAAUAAUGCUGAUUGGAGAUGGAGAAGUAAGGGUGGUUAUUUUUCCAGAUUGGAGAGUUGAAAGUUCCUGACUGAUGUCAGCCGUGUUUCCUAGUGCUGCUGGAUGCAGAGGCAAUGGUGAAAUCCCUUGAACACAAUUCUCAGUGGCAAAACCUGGAGGCGUGUGUUCCCAGAGAAGGGACCAAACAAGCUUUUUCUGGUGCAUACCUUCCCUGCUUGAAUAGUUUGCCAGAACUAAUUGUUUAAUGGGUUUAUUUAUGUACAGUAGGUUAGGGAAACUAGGUUAUGUUUAUAUGAAGUUCUGCCCAGUUAGUGAAUUAAAAUUCUCGUAGAGCAGCCAUGUGGUUACUUUUUUCAUAGAUGCUGUUAGCGCAUCCUCAUGACCACCUUUGAUUUAGAGGAAGAACGAGAGCUUUGUGCACUUAGGCUGAGCCUAGUAGGACUUCCUUGCUUAUGUGCAGUAUGGAAAAAUCUUAAUAUAUAUCUUCUUUAGUCUUUUUAGGUUGUCAUUUAAAGUGUUUUUGACUAAUAGCUUGUUUCUUUUUCUUGACAAGCUCUUUUCUUUGGACAAAUGGGCUUUCUUAGGGGGUCCAGCCAAGGACCUGGAUCUCCCGGCCCUGAGUUAAGGGUGCCUGAUUCUCUGUCCCAGUGUCCAUUAGCUCUAGACUUUGUCACUGCAGAUUGAUCCAGUGGGUAUAUAGGCCAAUUAAUGUGAGUCUUUUUCCUUGUUUAAAGGAGUCCCUCUUGCUGAAAGUAGAUGAUUACUAUUGCUGUAGUGCUAUGAAAAUAUUAAGUUUGUGCUGAAAAUCCAUUGCCAUUUGGUACAAAUGACAUUUGUUCUUUCUGUGAAAGAGAGAUGCCCUCGGGUGUGUUUGUACACAAACCCUUAGGAGGCAAGUUGAAGCAUCACCCUCGCACUGUCUUCAGUGGUGGGUGAUGUCGCAGGGAGAUUACAGGCAGACUGGGCUCUUCUAUGUCAUUCUGUCAGUCACUCCACUGGGGGGAAAAGCCCCUUUCCCUCUUUGCAGUUCAUCCUGUCAUAUUCGCUUUGAUGUCCACAUGUCAAAGCUGGUACUGCUGCAAAAGGCGACGUCUGCCUCAUUGGGACUGUGCGUGGACCAGGAGCAUGUAAACUCAGCCCCUGUGUCUGAGUACUGUGCUUUGCUUUUUAAAAAACAUCUGCAUAGUUUUCAACUGGAAAAAGAAAAAACUUACUAGUGUGAAAUGAGAGCUAAAAUGAGAACUGCUAAAACACCGUAGGGAGAACUGCUGAGAAGCAGAGCUGACAGACUGGCAGGUGCCCUCUGCAGUUUGCCCUUGAAGGUACAGGUAAGACCUUCUGAAGAAUAAACAGCUGGAAAGAAGUAAGCUCUUUCUCUUUUUGCAAGUUGGUGAAAACUGACUCUUCCAGAGAAUUUUAUCUUUUCAAGUAUCAUAUUUACUCUGGGAAGCCUUGUUUUCCCAUAUUUUAGAGCAUGCAAGGUUUAAUAAAACUGGUUAAAAAUUGAGUUUUUUCUUAAAAUAAGUGCUCUUUCCAGGUGAAAACUGCCUUUUUGGUUUGGUUUGAAGGUAAGAAAGGGGAAACUUUGCUCUCUUAAUUUAAUAAUUAUGUUCAGCCUGUGAUGAAGUAUUCGAUUAUUAGCAAUGUCACUAAUAAGUUUUAAGUUGUCAGAAGUUAAUUGUAAACAUCAGUACAGUACUUUUAGUUAUGGUAAAGACGGUUGUCUUAAAAUGAAUGGCUCAUAUUUUGGUGCAGUG